CCCCCCUCGGCGCCCGGGAGCCCCCCGGAGCCCCGGCCCGACCGCCCCGCAGCCUCGCAGUAGCUGAUGGCGCCACAGCCCGGGCGGGCGCUGCGGAACCCCGGGCGCAGCUAGCGCGGGGAAGAACAGCGCCUCCCCCCACGCAGCCCGGCCCGGACUCGGGGCUCCGCUGGCCCGUCGCUCCCUCAGGUCCCGAAGGUGGGGCCCAGGCCUGGGUUGCCAUGGAUACCGUGUCCCUGGAGCAUCAGAUCCAGAGCGUGCAACGCCACAUCAGCUUCCUGAAAAAAGAACAGAUGGCCCUGCUGCGAGACCUGCACCUGGAAAUCCUGAGGCUGCAGAAACGCUGCUCAGAACUGACCCAUGACCUGGAAAUGAAAGAGGCCCAAUCUCACCAGCAAGAGUUGGCGUCCCGGGAGCUGGAGAGCAAGUGCCGCGAGCUGGAGUCACAGCUGGCGGCGCGGGCGGCGGCCAACGCGGAGCUGCGGCGGGAGGUGGCGCAGCGCGAGGCGCUGGUGUCGGCGCUGCGCUGCAGCCUGCGCGCCGAGGAGCGCCGCUUCCUGGAGGAGCUGCGUCGCCGCAGCCACCGAGCGACCGUGCUGGGCACUGAGCUGCAGAAGCACACCGAGGCGGCCGCCUACCUCUCCUGCCAGCUGCACGCGGCGCGCCAGAAACUGCAGACUCCGCGCCCGGGCCCCGGCGCCGCCGCUGCCGCCGCCGAGCCCCGGAUCCGCCGGCGCGCACAGCGGACCCGCCGCCCGCCCGCAGCCGAGGCCGCCGCCAAGGGCCCCGGCCGGGACUGGGCCGCCUGGGAGCGCUCGGCCGGCGACGACGCCGAUGCCAUGCCAGACCCCGCGCUCUUCCUCUACGCCCGGAGGCCCCUGCGGCCCUGUGGCCGCAGCCCGCGCCAGCCGCCUCCCCAGGAGCCCCCUGACCAAGCCGCCCCGCCGGCCGCGCACAGCUCGCCCAGUGCGCCGGCGGACCCGGAGUAAGCGCGGGGCCGGCUGGGCGGGGCGGGGCGGGGAGCGGGGGAAGGCGGGCCCGGGGCCCGACUAGGGACGCUGCUCGGGCCGCGCGGGCGGGUCCCAGGGGCUAUGGCAGCCGGUCCCUCGCCCAGGGAGCGGGCGGAGGCGGCCCCUGCUCCCCUGCCCCUCCCAGCCGCCCCCGCCUUUUGUAUUGCCCUACAACGCCGAAGCUUUGAGCUCUCCCCUCCCGCCGGGGACCUCCUCCGCGGCGCCCAGCGAAUGCAUCCUUUUUCUAGAAGACUCACAGUACCGAUCUUUAUCUGGUCCCCACCCUGCCACUGGGAGGGGAAGGGGCGGGUGCCACGCCCUGCCCCGGGAAAGCUGACAAUCAUUUGGCGGGAGGGGGAAGCCUGGGCGGCCUACGGAAAGGAACCAGAGUGGCCCUUAGCAUCCUUAUGCCUUCCAGCUCCCCGCUGCGGCCUCCUCCAGCCCCCCACGGCUGCCCUUCCCGCCGAGCCUUCCUCCAAGGGGAGGUUCGGGCUGGGGUCUGGAGGCUGGACCUUUACCUUGGAAGCCGCUUCUCCUACCCCCUACCCUGCUGAUAGGUCCUUACAGGUGAGCACGGAACACUUUAGAAGUCGCCUCCUCCAGAGCCUCUGGUGGGGAAAGUGUGGACUUACUGAAGUUUGAACUUCUGGAAAUUAGUACCCAUAGACCCUUAGAGAAGAUUACAGAAUGGGUUUGGUGGCAGAUCCUGGUCUAGAGCUGUCUCCAGCUCAGUUCUUCCCCAGGAUGCCGACCUAGGUAUUUAGACUCUGGGGACACGCCAGAGUCGGGCUGCCCCAUCAGGCUUAUGGAAGGGUUAGAAAGUGCUUUCAGGAGGUAGCUGGGAACCUGAAGGCUGCCCUGGGAGUUUUCCUAGUCCUGUUUAUUGGUGCUAAUUUUGCCCAGCUUCCUAAUUAGCUGGCUGCACCCAGAGGCAGGAAGAAGGGCCCGGCUUCUUGGAAGUGGCAGUUGUUGAUGGAGGUUUGGGUUUGCUGGGGGUAGGGGUGGGAGGGAAUGGACAGGUUAGGCCCCAGCCUGGCCCUCUCCAGGAAUGCCCCCAAUCCUAUCAGACCUGACAGUGGUGGGGUGCUCAGUGCUCUCUCUCUAGGUUGGGGAGUGGCAAAAGGAAAGAAUACUGCCCACCUCCUAACGCAUUUCUCCCCAUCUCCCCGUCGCGACCAAAGGCAGGAAGUGAAGCUCCAGUCCAGUUCAUUGCCCCCACGCAGUCCGGCCUAGAAAGAAAGACAAAUCCCUAGAACCCUGUCCUCUCAUGCCAUCCCUCCUCUGUUGGUCCCGCAUCAAGUCCUAAGUGCCUGUGAGGUCUUCCAGGGGCUGCCAAGGGAGGACAUGGGGCAGGGAGAGUCCUUUAUCUCACUCACAAGCACCCCAUCCUGGCAGGUCCUGACCCUGGCUGGGGCUGAGCCUUCUGUUUGUCACCCAGGGGUCUGGGGGGUCUCUAGGGUGAUGAACCCUUUUUCUGUCAUGGCCCCAUGAAGAAGAGGGGGAAAGAACCCCAUUUAUACCCUCUUUCACUGUAUAUGUUAGAGGGAGCAGGACACCAGUGAGCUCACAAACAUGCAGCCCCCUCCCAGCUCAGGACUGCUGAGACCACUGAGCAAUAACCAGGCCUGGUCUAGGUGUCCGCCACUGGGACACCCUUGGAACGGACAGUGCUGUCCAGUCUAAUGGGCCACAGUAGUGGCCUAGGGUCCUUGCUCUGCCUGCUCCCACCUCUCCCCUCCCCAGUCUCUGUGGUUGUGCCUCUACCCUCUGUCUCCCCUCAAGUGUGGGUGACUCACCGUACCCCUCGACCCGUUGCCUUCCCUUUCAGAACAGCUCUGAGUGAGGAGGGCUCUCUCUGCUCUUGGCUGCUCUCAUGUGACGGGGCCCAGAGGAUCCUGGGCAGCAGGGAAAGGGGGUCUUUCUGGAGGCACCCUCAUCUUCCACAAUCAAACUUUUGGGGUGAACUGGGUGACUUUGUUACAUCAGUUCUUCUACAGAGAUGGUGAAGUACUUUAUCCACCCACCCACCCACUAAAAGCCAUAGCUACGCCCACCUGGCCUCCCCCAGCUCUAUAGCAAUAGCCCUCUUCCUCCUUCCCUCCUGUGUACCCAAGCUGUCUGGCUGGGGGCCCCAAAACACCCCUACCCCACGGAUCCUCCCGUGGCCUGCCUGCCUCUCCCCAAGUGACCCCAUCAGCACCUCCCACCUCCUGUCGCUCUUCCAGCAAUCAGAGAUAAUGACACUUAAUUGUGAGGUACUUGGAGAUACCCCAGAUGAAGGUCCAGCGUGCUGGGGCGGCUGACUCGCUGACUCCCAGCUGAGGUGUCGGGGUGCCUGGGAAAGGAAAUAAGGCAAGCACCCCUCCCACAUCCACUCAGCAAGCUGGGGCAGGGGCCAAGGCAAAUACAGGGUUCCAAUUUUAACAGAAAUUCCCCUUCCCUCUCCCCCUCCUGGAAAUAAUGGACAGAGGCUUCCUUCCUCUCUCCUGCACCUGGGUUUGGAACAGAACCCUCAGGGCAGCAGAAUAAGACUGGGAGUCAGUGGCCUGCCCUUGGCCUCAGUGGUCAGAAACUCCUCAGCCUUGUCCUCAGCUUCUGGCCCUCCCCUUCUCCUAGCCUGGGGGACCCGCCCUGCCAAAGGAAAGACCCCCUCCCUCGAGCCCCGAAAAAAUUUGGGUGGCUAGAAGGGAAGGGAUUGUUUCCUUCCCUCCCCUGCCCUCACCUCUCCCUUCUUCUCUGCCGCAUGAGUCCCCACUGCAGGAGGAAGGUGUUGACGUAGACACUCAGGGGCCCUAGCUGGAGCCAGGAGCUGCAGGGGGGGGACCCCUCCCCGUUCCGGAAGCCAGUCAGGGACCCGUGGGCAAUACAGCAUGAGGCUGUGUACCCCUGCCCCCCAAUAUCCCACCCACAGUAGCCUGCAGUUUGGGGGACCAGGUGAGGGCUGAAAUGGUGUAGCCCUUCCCCAAACAAGCAGCAGAAUAGAGGUCUCCCUGGUGGAGAGGAAGGAGGCCGAGAGGGUGUAGAGCAGCAUCUCCUCAUCACGGAGAGCCAGGGAUCUCUCAGCACCCUCUCGCUGAGGUGCCAGCCUUGAGUGGGGGACGUGCGAGGCUGCAGAACCACCUGGCAGGAGCCCCAUGGGCACGGCAGAGGGAUCCUGCUCCAAGUUCUCUGUUGGCUGCGCUUUUUAAUCCAAUGCUUUUCAGAGUGUGUUCACUCACCCACAGAAAUAGAACCCUGUGCUUUAGGGG